GUUACACAGUCAAUCGAGUCCUCUCUCACUCAUCACUCUUUCCUGCUUUAUCUAGUUUUUAAUACCAGCGCAAGUUCUGAUUGCUGCUGCUUUUCUGCUUUUGUCAAGAUAAAAAUCCUUCCUAACUUAUUCUACCAGUUCAUCAACGCUGUUAAAAGGAACAGACCGAAAAGAGUUCAGUAGUUCUGCCCUUACUGUACACGUAAAGAUCAGUUGAGGUGACAUGAACAUGGAUGGUCAAUUAUUGGAACCUACAUUGUAUACAGUGAAAGGAAUGGCUAUUCUUGAUAAUGAUGGCAAUCGAAUUCUGGCAAAAUAUUACGACCAAAAUGUCUUUCCUACAUCGAAAGAGCAGAAGACCUUUGAGAAAAACUUGUUCAACAAAACACAUAGAGCCAAUACCGAGAUUAUCAUGCUAGACGGUCUGACAUGUGUUUACAGAAGUAACGUAGAUUUGUUUUUCUAUGUCAUGGGCAGCUCGCAUGAAAAUGAGUUGAUAUUAAUGAGUGUUCUGAACUGCUUAUAUGACUCUGUCAGUCAAAUCCUUAGGAAGAACGUGGAAAAGAGAGCAGUCUUGGACAGUUUAGACAUAGUAAUGUUAGCAAUGGAUGAAAUUUGUGAUGGAGGUAUAAUUUUGGAUGCGGAUGCAACAAGUGUGGUACAGAGGGUUGCAUUACGAACAGAUGACAUUCCACUUGGGGAACAAACGGUAGCACAGGUUUUACAGUCAGCCAAGGAACAGCUUAAAUGGUCAUUAUUAAAAUAAAUAAUCUCUGUUUUUUUUAUAUACAAGUCUCUUUAUGUUCAUUCACGACGCAUACAUACUAUAAAAUGUUAUUAUUAUUAUUAUUGUUAAUUGAUAUUGUAUAGAAUUAAAAGUCUUAAUUGGGAAA